AUGGCUCGCUCUGUGUUUCUCAACUUGUACCGCGACUGUCAUCACACCGCUGGUUUGCGUAUGGAGACACUCAGUGUCCCUACCCAGGCUAAACUUCGUUCAACGCAGAUCUUGACUUCCUUGCCUCAGAUAGUCUCUGAGCUGCUUCAGAAUUCGCUUGAUGCUGGUGCAAAGUCCAUAGAAAUCGGACUGAAUGCCCAGGAAUGGUUUUGCUGGGUCAAGGACGAUGGUUGCGGCAUUAACAGAGAGGGGCUGGCCGCUAUCGCUCAGGAAGGGGAUGCUGGACGGUAUUCCACGUCCAAGAGCUAUGCUCCAAGCGCCAUGAACGCCCAAUCAACUUUUGGCUUUAGAGGCGAAGCGUUGGCAUCUGCUGCUGAGCUUUGCUGUCUUGAAAUUGUUUCUCGAACGGCGGUUUCGAGAGAAUGCUCGUCCGUCAUCUUGAAGGGCGGGAAACGAUUGUACGAAGGACCAGCGGUGAGGUGGCGAAGAGAGCAUCCUGGAACCGUAGUUUGUAUUCGCGAUGCUUUCUACAACCUGCCCGUUCGAAGGCUCUCCCAUCCGUCCCCCAGUCGAACCUGGGAUCUCGUUCGUCAGGAGAUUGAGACAUAUGCCGUCGUGUCUCCGGACGUGACAUUCUCUUUGGAGGACAUACGCGAAGACUCGAACGUGACGAAGACCAAGUCUGUCAGGAUAGCACGGCUCAUUGUUUGUCAGACAUCCUCAAUGCUCCAGUCCUUUAGGCGAAUAUAUGGCCACGCCUUGGUAGAGCACGUAGAGGAGAUCGACGCGUGCUCCGACGCCCUGAAGAUACGAGGGUUUAUCAGUUUAUGUGGGACUUAUUCCAAGAUAUCAACCGACAUCCAAUACGGUCAAGCGACCUACAGAAAAUAA